CCCUCCCUCUCUCUCUGUCCAUCUCUGCGCUGGUGUUCAGUGGCAGCGUUUCUCUUCACUGCAGAGGCAGCUACAUUCUCUCCUCCAGGAUGUCGGGCCUACUGACCAGCUCUGUUCUGCUUUUCCUCUCUCUGACGCUGUUCCAGAUCCCCGCACCAGAGGCAAAGCCUCUCUCAGCCAUGCGUGGCGGCGGUCGCAGCUAUGACAGCCAGGCAGGUGGAGUGCGUCUCCGAAGAGACCUGCGUGACUCAGUGCCCUACGAGGCCCAGAUGAUGUCUUAUCCCGCUGCUGACUUCAAGAGUCGGAGCAAUGAUCUGUACUACCAACCAGAGGUCUUGAGGGCUCAAGGUCUUGGACAAGCCCUCCAGCGACUGGUGGAGAACGACCAGAGGCGGGAACAGGAAGCAGCUUAUCUGGCAUCAAUGCUGCGUCUCCUUAAUGAAGCACAGAAUAACAGACAGGGCAAACCAGAGGAAGAUGAGGAGGAUGAGGGUGAUUUCCAGGGACCCUACCCUCCAGACUACGAUGAGACAGAGCAGGCCGUGAGCAUGGCCAAGCCCCAGGGCCUUCUGGAUCCUCAGCUUACUCAGGCUCUACUCAACCGCUACAAGCAGGAGAGACUGAUGCAGGCUGGACUUGCUCCGACAAACAACAGGAUUCCAGAGAGAGAGCAGGACAAAGACCAAGAGAUGCUCAGGUACCUUGUUGAGAAGAUCCUCUCCAGCUUGGCAUCGGGUGGCAAUCAGGGAGGCCCUUCAAACCAGCGUGCUAAACGGGACCUGAGCGCCGUGGCCAGCAUGGAGCGAUCCGCAGGACCCGCCCUAAAACGCUCCCGUCGCUCCCUAGACUCCGCCCCUGCCCCCUCCCCCCAGGUGGAGGCAUCACUGCUGAGGGUGAAAAGACUCGAUGAUGAUGUUGACGACGACGGCAUCGCAGGUCAGAGCAACAGAACGCCACACGUCGGCCUGCAGAGAAUGAAGCGCAUAGACACUGACCUGCCGCCCCCCAAAAAAACCAGCCGCAAGCGCAGAGCCCUGACCUAUGACCCCGCCCUGAUCGCACAGCACAUCCUGCAGUACCUGCCAGCCUAAAGAGUGCAUGUGAAAGUCAGAGGAAACAAGGGAAAUGUGGGGAGGGGAAAUAGAAGGAAAUCCAGACAGACAGAGCGAGCGAGAGUUUCUGAUGGGGACGGCAACAAUUCACUUGCUUUCAGAAACGCCAGCAUUCAUUGUCAUCUGCCUAAGUCUAAUCAGGCCUGCUUGCCAAGGUACUCUGAUAUGAUGUUACUCUGUUUCGAUGUUAUACUAUAAUAAAUUCCACACACAUAACAGCUUA